GAAUAAAGUAGAACAUUUUCCAUUUUGAUUUGCGUAGUCCGAAUCGGAGCUCCAAGAAAGAGACAACAAAAAUGGCAGCUCCUUCAUCUUCAUCACUGCUAUCCAAGGCGGGACCGGCUCUGCGCCGUCAAGUACUCAAUUUGACAGACGCCGCCGCCGAUAGAAUACGCCAGCUCCUCCAGCAGCGCCAGCGCUCUUUUCUUCGUCUCGGCGUCAAGGCUCGCGGUUGCAAUGGCUUGUCCUACACCCUCAAUUACGCUGAUGAAAAAGGGAAAUUCGAUGAGUUGGUUGAAGAUAAGGGUGUGAAAAUAUUGAUUGAACCUAAGGCUCUGAUGCAUGUUGUUGGAACAAAAAUGGAUUUUGUUGACGAUAAACUAAGAUCUGAGUUCAUUUUUAUUAACCCGAAUUCUAAAGGGCAGUGUGGUUGUGGAGAAUCUUUUAUGACAACAAGCAACGCAGAAACUUCAAAGCGUGGUAGCAGUUGAGCAAUGUAACAAGUUCACAUCUGGGAGUUAUAGCUUCUAGGUUACUUGGAAAUUAAAGGACACUGCAACAAGUGGAAAAUAUUGAAUAAGGAUAUCUGAGUGAUAUGUAUCAAUGUGACAAGUCAAAGCAUUAUCUAUGUAUCAAAAGUUUAUCUACUAACCAGAUAGAAUGGUUCAUUUUGUUAUACAAAAAUAUCAUUAUGUUGCACAAAGUUUCGUUUUGUUUUGAUGGCACUUGAGAGUGUAAAUGUAACAACAUUUUUACCCAGAACAGCUCUAAUAUUUAUUUGUUGUAAAUAUUAACAUAUACUCUCAUAUAUUAAUAAAACUGUCGUGCUUGUUUUUGGUGCCAUAGGGCAAAA